AUGUUGGCCAAGGUGCUAAUAUUGUCUGCAUCACUCGCCGGUCUCUACGUGAUCCAAAAAUAUGUCGAGUUCAGUAGGAUGGUCAAAUCGUUGCAGGCUCAUUCGCGAUUUACAACAGUAUUUUCGCAACGCACAAUCAUUGGCAAUAUUCUUCCUCGAAUCCCAGGUGUUUCACGAGGCAGACACGCUACAUGGUUGGAGAAACACCGACCGUAUGCUAUGGCUGGUUGGGAUGCUACACUAAAUGUAUGUCAGGAAGAGUGUAACAAGAAUCCCUCUCAACCUCUCUUUCAGAUAACUCUCCUACCUCGUACUUCUGCUGCCCUAUCUCUUGUAGAUGCUGCUGCAAUCAAGGAAGUAACCACUGCCCGGGUCAGAUUCCCGAAGCCUGUGGAACAAUACAAAGUACUAUCGUUCUUUGGAGAUAAUAUUGUCGCUUCAGAAGGCGAAGAUUGGAAGAGAUAUAGGAAAAUUGCUGCACCCGCAUUCAGCGAUCGAAAUAACAAGCUUAUUUGGGACGAAACGGUCAGGAUCAUUCUCGAUCUCUUUGACAACGUUUGGGGGUCUCAAGAAUCUAUUGUGAUUGACCAUGCAUUGAGCAUCACUCUUCCUAUUGCCUUGUUCGUUCUCGGUGCUGCUGCUUUCGGCCGGAGGAUCUCUUGGAAGGACGACGAGGGGAUACCGCCAAAUCAUCAAAUGUCAUUCAAAGAUGCCAUACACGAGGUAUCCAUGAACUGCUUCAUCAAGGUUAUUUUCCCAGAUUGGGCUAUGGGGUUGACUGAGCAUACCCGUCGGGUCCGGCUUGCAUUCGAGGAGUUAGAUAGUCAUAUGCUCGAAAUGAUUUCGAAACGACGGAAUGCGGAGAAGAAAGAAGAAAGACACGAUCUACUUAGUAGUCUUCUCGACGCCAGUGCAGACGACCCGACGUUCACAGACAGAGACUUGACGGGAAACAUCUUUAUAUUUCUUGUUGCUGGACAUGAAACGACUGCUCACACUCUCUGUUUCACGUUUGCACUGCUUGCCUUGUAUCCAGACCAGCAAGAGAUCCUCUACCAGCACAUCAAGUCAGUUCUUGCUGAUGGCAGAUUGCCUACCUACGAGGAAAUGCCACUGUUUACUCAAUCCAUGGCCGUGUUUAACGAAACCCUGCGACUGUUUCCUCCGGUGAACGGUAUACCGAAAUACAGCGCCGAAGACACGAGCCUAACUGUCGGUAAUGCGGCUGGCGACAAACUCGUACUUCCUGUCCCCCGAGGGACUGCUAUCACGAUUAACACAGUGGGCUUACACUACAAUCCUCGUUACUGGAAGGACCCGGAGGAGUUCAGACCCUCCCGUUUCUUGGAGCUAGACUGGCCUCGCGAUGCAUUCCUUCCUUUCAGCGCAGGUCCGCGAGCUUGCAUUGGCCGCAAGUUUUUUGAAACGGAAGGAAUCGCCAUCCUCACGAUGUUGAUUUCACGUUACAAGAUUGAAGUCAAGGAGGAACCACAAUUCGCCAGUGAGACGUUUGAACAGAGAAAGGCUCGUGUGUUAGCUUCCAAGCCAGGACUAACUAUAACGUUUCUUCCAGGUGCUAGAACACUUCUAGCCCGGAACUCGAUAAUAGGAGUUUUCCUGCCAUCCAUUACGGGUGUAUCAAAAGGAAGAAAUGCUUUCUGGGUUGAAAAACACAAGCCAUAUGCUAUAGUGGGCUGGGAUGCUACUGCAGAUGUGAAGACAAAUGUUCAUAUAAAUUUAAUGCCCAAAACAAAAAUUGUUCUGACUCUGGUGGAUGCUGAAACAAUCAAAGAAGUUAUGGCUUCACGAGCGAGGUUUCCCAAACCUGUUGAAUUAUAUCAACCUCUAUCUAUCUUUGGUGACAAUAUUCUUGCUUCAGAAGGAGAAGAAUGGAAAAGAUUUAGGAAAAUAGCUGCCCCUGCCUUCAGUGAACGAAACAACGACCUGAUCUGGGAAGAGAGCUUAAGAAUAGCACUCGAUCUUUUCGACAAUGUCUGGAGCUCUGAAAAUUCCAUUGUGAUUGACCACGUUCCAAACCUGACUGUUCCAUUUGCACUAUUUGUUCUUAGUUCUGCUGCUUUCGGCAGGAGGAUCUCGUGGAGUGACAGCGACACGAUCCCCUCGAACCACCGAAUGACAUUCAAGAGUGCCUUGCACCAAGCCUCUCUCAACUGCUUUACCAAGAUCCUUGUUCCGAAGUGGGCUAUGUGGAUAAAUGAACAUACUCACAAAGUGGACCUCGCUUUUGAGGAGUUAGAGAUGUAUAUGCUCGAGAUGAUCUCAGAACAUCGAAACGCAGAAAAGAAGGAAGAGAGACAUGAUUUAUUCAGUAACCUUCUUGACGCCAGUGCUGACGAUCCAACGUUCACGGACGGUGAUUUGAUCAGUAACAUUUUUGUAUUCCUUAUUGCAGGACAUGAGACUACUGCCCAUACGUUGUGCUAUGCUUUCGCAUUCCUUGCUCUGUAUCCAGAGCAGCAAGAACUACUCUUUACACAGGUGAAGUCAAUACUUCCCGAUGGUAGAAUUCCUGUGACUGGUAUACCAAAAUACAGCGCUGAAGAUACAACUUUCACCAUUGGCAAUAUCUCCGGCGACAAGCUUGUUCUUCCCGUGCCUCGGGGUACAGAAAUCGACAUCAAUACUGUGGGGCUGCAUUAUAACCCUCGCUACUGGCAGGAUCCGGAAGAGUUUCGACCUGCCCGUUUCCUGGAUCCGGAUUGGCCGCGAGAUGCCUUCGUUCCCUUCAGUGCUGGCCCUCGAGCAUGUAUCGGCCGCAAGUUGAGUCUUUCGUCUUUUGUCAGAGCUUUGCCGUAUAAGAUUGAGAUCAAGGAGGAGCCUCAAUUUUCCAAUGAAACUUUCAAAGAGAGAACAGCUCGAGUACUGGCUUCUAAGGUUGGGCUUACGACGACGCCGAUUCGCGUUCCUUUGGUUUUCAAGCCUCGAUGA